CUAUCGAGGCGCCACCUUCCCUGGCUCAUGCUUGAUCAUCGCGCAUGAGUCGCAGGAAGCCGCUAUUGACGCCAUCGCACAGCUUCGGAACAAGGAAGACUGCGGCCAAGGCUUCAGACUCAAUGUUGUCUUGGCGUUCUCCUCCUCCACCAGGGCACAACUGGCCAGCACAGCUGGCGCACAUCCUCACAGCCGGCCAUUAGGGAUCGUAUCGAUGGCCUCGAUUUCCAACAGCAGAGUGACCACCUCGGGGGACACCGACAUGUCCCUUGCACAGGUAGAGUCCUGCAGCUGGUGCUCCAGUGGUGAUUCCGGCUGCAGCUCUACCAAUUUCAACACCGUCUGGAGGAUGAACCAACUGCUGAACAUCGUUUGCCCACUGGCGCUAGCAGAGGCUGUGGCAGAAGCGUCGCUUACCUUGCCAUUUGGGUUCCUCUGGCACCUGCGUCAGCAUUUUUCCAGCCAUCUGCAUCUGAUUCGGCUUGAAUCUCAUGCAUGUCUCGCAUCCUCGCACGUGGGCUCGGGCGUCUCUGUGCAUUCCUGGCCAGUAAUACCGGGCUGCCAGACGUGCUAUUGUCUUUCGGAUUCCUACAAGGCCAGCCGCCGGUGAGUCGUGGUUCUCCUUUAGCACCUUUUCCGGGACGCACAUAUUCCAUGUUGCGACAUUAUCACUGCCCGCUCUAUGAGGUAUAUUCUUGUACAGGGUGUUACCCUCCAUCACGUAGUCCGGAUACUUUUGCGGCUGGGUCCUUAUCUUUUCGCGCAUUUCCUGAAUCCAGCUGCAAGCUGCAGAAGCUUCCGCCGCCGAUGUCUUCUUGAUCCCUCGUGUCCGGUAGUGGCUACCUAGACAAAGCGUCUGCCACCUCGUUGAGUUGUCCUUUCCUGUACGCUAUUUCGAAGUCGUACUGCUGCAACUCCAGGGCCCAUCUGGCGAUCCUUCCUGAAGGGCUUUCUAUUCUGUUGAGCUACUUCAGCGCCAUGUGGUCGGUUACUACUUUAAAGUGGUAACCUUCCAGAUACGGCUUGAGCUAUCGCAUCGCCCAGACGAUUGCCA